GUUAGAACUGCAAAUCCCUGGUGAUACCGCGACCCUAGCGGAGUUCACGUGAGUUUUCUUUGGACAGCAACAAACUGGAAAGUCAGUGGCAAAGUUUCCUAAGAUUCAGCACUACCUGACCAUGUCAGAGCUAGUGACCCUCAACGUGGGAGGAAAACUGUAUACCACGUCUCUGGCAACGCUGACCCGUUAUCCAGACUCCAUGCUGGGCGCUAUGUUCAGCGGUACCAUGCCCACCAAAAAGGACAGCCAUGGGAACUGCUUCAUUGACCGGGACGGUAAGAUCUUUAGGCACGUUCUAAAUUUCCUGAGAACUUCGAACCUGGACCUUCCUGACGACUACAAAGAAAUGAAGCUUCUGAAAAGGGAGGCCGAUUUUUACCAGGUCCAGCCUUUGCUAGAGGCGCUGAAGGAGAAAGAAGCAGAGAUGUCUACGCAUGAGAAGAACGCAAUGCUGAACAUAACCCUGGAUCAGAAAAUGCAGACGGUGCAUUUCACGGUAAGGGAGGCGCCCCAGAUCUAUAGCCUGUCUUCCUCUAACAUGGACGUGUUUACUGCCAACAUAUUCUGCACUUCCGGCUUGUUCUUGAACAAACUGGGUACUAAACUCUGUUACUUCUUCAAUGGCAACCUCUCUACAGUAUGCAGUGAGCUGGAAGACCCGAAUCAUGUGGUGCUGCAGUGGGUGGCUACAGUGGAUGGUCUCCCAGAGGAAGAGUACACCAGACAGGCCCUGAAGAGGCUUUGGGUUUUGCCGGCAAAUAAGCAGAUCAACAGUUUCCGUGUGUUUGUGGAAGAGAUUCUUAAAAUAGCCAUGAGCGACGGCUUUUGCGUGGACUCCACUCACCCAGACUCUUCUGAUUUCAUGAACAACAAGAUUAUUCGGUUGACUCGAUAUAGGUAGACGGUGAAGUGCUGAACAGAGGAAGUCACUGAUACACUAAAUGGUUUAAACAUUUUGUGGUAAUAUUUGGUAACCUGCAUUAUGUGAAGUGCAAAUCAAUUAGCCAAAAGAAGUGCAAUUAGGUCUUAACCACUGUACUAAAACUGAUAUAGUGGUUUCUAGUGUCUGGUAAAUUUGCUUGAUGGUGUUUUGUUGUUCUUGCUACAGUAUUUGUUUCAGAGAAUGUUAUGGAGGGAUUUGAAUGGGUGGUUUAGCAGAUAUUUGGUACUAGCUAUCUCAUUUGCUUUUGCCAUUUGGAACAUCGUCUAUAUUUUUUAACUGUUUUACUAUAUUUAUAUGGAGUAAUAGAAAACUGUUUAGGUAUUAAAACUGAUACUGUCUCUAGGUCGGGUCUAAACAUCAAAACUGGCAUUCAGACCCUGUAUCUAUUCCAUAGUAUCUGUAUCACUGAAAUACUGCUGCUAAAUUGGUAAUAUGCCAUAGUGGACCUAUCCUUAAUGAUCGCUGUCUAGGACAUAGAGAUAUACAGGCGCUCUGCUUUGUCAGGGAUAUUCAUCCCCUCUUAUGGGGAGGAAAUUUAAAUGGACCAAACAGUCACAGGAGAAGCCUGUAUUCAUUGUAAGAAACACAAACGACAAAAAAAAAAAAGACGUAUUAUUGUUCUUUAACCACUACAGAGAUUUUGAAUCUGGUGAGAAAAGAAAAACAGUACAGCCUACCCUUUGAACAUAAUUUCAUGCUAGUGCUGUUUUUUCAGGUUUGCUUGGAAGAGCACCUAAGGAAUGCCUUGUGUCCAUUAUAUUGUGAAAUUGGGUUUUUCAAAAUUUAAAGAGGAGAUCAGGAUUAUUUUUUUUUUUUUAUCGUACUGCGAAGAUGGAUUUUGCUUUUAAAUAAUCAUAGAACAUAGAUAUAUAUUGUUUAAAUGUCCAUAGAAAACACACACUAUAUGUCCAAAUGGAGUAUUAUAAUACAUGUUUCACAUACUGUAUGUUUAAACAACGUUCGACUGAAUCCACUCAGAGCAAAUUGCAUUUGUGAAAUGCAGUUAUUUUCCGGUGUAAGUUAAACAAAUAAACAAUAAAAAUAAACACAUUUGUUGAUACCAUCCAAGACAUGCAGUGGCAAUGGGUGAAGAGUCAAGAAAAAUGGCAUGCAAGACAUUUAUUAACUAGCUGAAAACAAACAAACAAAAAUGCUGCUCAGAGUUAUCGUUGUGAUCUUUGUAUAGCCACAUGCCUUUAGCCUAUCGCACUUAAAAUUCAAAUCUCUUAUGAAAAUAAUUUGAAAAGUUAUAUUGACACUUUUUAAUAUCAGAUCUCCAUGCAUACAAGACUCAAACUAAGGGUCCGUUGAUUUGGAAGUGUUGUAAUUGAUGACACUUACAAUUUUUGACAACCCAAUUGGUUGCUCAUCAAACGCAGUACAUUGUAUCCCCGUUUAGAUGGGCGUUUCCUUGUCAUUUGCAUAUCCAAAUCCCACAAUACCGUUCUGUACAUUUUAAACAGUUAAACUAAGUUAUAUAGUUUAUAUGCUGUGGACUCCUUGCUUAACACUGCAUUGCAGAUGGAUAUGUUUUCUACACAGACAUAACUUCAUCGAACUUUAGUUUUAUCUAAAUAAGUGUUCUCUGCUCCCAUCGAUGCAAAGCUGAUGGAUUUCAGUGUGGCUCUUCACGUGUGGCAAAGUUAGUUAGCUUUGCGCAGUGGCAGUAUCGUAGCCCAUGAGGUUAAUCCGAGGCGCGAUUAUUGCUGGUUGAAAACUUGACCCAAUACCCCGCUUGUAACGACUUGAAAUAUAGUCGGAACUUGCAAUUUUUGACAGGCUCUGAGGAGACUG